CAAACAGGCACGCCCAAGAAACAACAUCCGUCAACCAUUUGACGGUGGAGGAUUGACAUGAAACAACUGUGGGUGAUCGAAGGCAGGGACAGACGAUCAGCAACAGGUGUUGAUUGGCAUGAGUGGGUCGACUUCAUGUGUGGCAGAUGCAGAUCCGAGUGGUAACUGUGAGUGCUCGGGUUUGUUCAUGGUGCAGAGGGGCUUGCGAGCACUUCUCAGCUGACCCAGACUCAGUUCCGAAAUGAAGAAUCGGUUUCGAGCCCUAGAGGCCCGUCACGAUGUGGGAGUUGAGCUCCGGGCUGUCGCUCACGUCGCGAUCCCGUGCCAACUUUGUCUGUCCACGUCUUUGGCCGUCUCCCGUCAAGAUGUAGAUGGCCCAUCCAGCCUGAAUCAUGAUAAGGCUGUUAUAGAACCGCAGAGCCCCCUUAAGACCCAGCUCCCUGCAGCAUCGCCCUUCUGCCCCACGCUCCGUUCGAUUCCCUUGCUUCUCCGGCAGCGCCGACUCAUUUGUGCAAGUCACUCCUUGGUUCCACAGUAUGCUUUCCGCCACACUCUCUUUAAUAGCAUGCGCGGUCACCGUCACCGCUUUGCCCUUCUCCCUUUUCGGACACACCUUCGGUGCACCCGAGAGCAAGGGCACCCCAGCGCCACUCUCCCUGGCUACUGUCAACUCAACGCUUCUCCGCCCCGCUCAAUUUGCGCGUGCAGCCUACUGCUCCGGCGCCUCGCUCGAGAGCUGGAGCUGCGGUCUGCCGUGCGACCAGGUCAAUGGUGUCAAGUUUCUGCAGGCUGGAGGAGACCAGGGCUCUAUUCCUUUCUAUUUUAUCGCCCACGAUCCAGAACAGGAUUCCAUCGUCGUGGCCCACGAAGGGACUGAUCCCAACAAGAUACUCUCUCUAGUGAAUGACGUCGAAUUUCUGCUGGACGACAUCGACGAGUCGAGGUUUCCUCGCGCAGCUGGACAAGGCAUCAAAGUACACACUGGCUUCCAAUCGACUUUCGAACGGACGGCGGACGGCAUUCUCUCCGGUGUGCAGACUGCGCUCCUGAGCACAGGCGCGAGCAACGUUCUGGUCACAGGACACAGCCUCGGGGCAGCGUUGGCAAUGUUGACGGGAAGCAUGCUGCGAGAAUCGCUCGACCCGUCCGUGAGCGUGACGAUCUCGACGUUUGGGAUGCCACGGGCGGGAAACCAGGCGUGGGCCAACUUCGUUGAUUCCAACGGCGGCGUGACCUUCAUGACCAACCAACAUGACCCAGUUCCAAGUGUCCCUCCGCUUCUGCUCGAGUUUGCACAUCCGAGCGGAGAGAUCCACAUCGUGGACUCGUCACAGCGCAACAUUGUCUCCUGUCCAGGUCAGGAUAAUGAGAAUUGCAUCAGCGGUAACUCGCUGUUCGAUGUUUCGAUUGGGGAUCAUCUCGGCCCUUAUUUCUCAGACAUUACCUUCGGGUCUAGUGAAUGCGCUUGACUGUUCAUUUAUGAACAAAGGGUGUAUGUACAAUAUGUAAUCCGAAUCGGAUAUCCGUACUAAUGAGCAGUGUGAACCAAUCCCAGAUCAUUGUAUAUUGAGUAGUAUGGAGGCCCGGAACUAUAUGCUGAUAAGCAAGUGAUGGAUCAC